AUGUUAACAUUGGAGAACUUCAAAUAAACAUCAUUCAAGUAACCAAUAAUAAACAGGUAAUUUGCCUAAAUACUCAAAGCCCACGGUCUAUUGAGGCUUGUCGUUUGUGUGGAAUAUUGCCAGAAGAGCUAAUUUAAAUUGGUAUUAAAGAACUCAAAAAAAGAAAUCCAGAGUUGAGAUUAAAUAAAUAAGGAUGGGAGAUUAUGUGGCAACAUCAUGAAAUAAGAAGAUAAGAGAAACUAGAAGCAUGUCUUGAAGCUAGAUAGUAAUUAAUUGAUGCAGGAUUUAAUUUCAAUAAUCAAGAAGAGGAAGAAUAGGUUAUGGAAAAUUCAGAUCAAUUAUAAGCAAGUCAAAAUUAAUAGGAAUUAGAGAAAAUAUAAUGGAGACAAUAAAAAGAGAUUUAAUAAAUGCUUGAACAUGAAAGAAAAUAAUAAGAGAUUAGAGAAAGAAAUGAAUCAAAAUAACGUUAAUUGUAAGAGAGAUAAUAGAGAAGAGAGGAUUAUUUAAGAUAAAGUAGAGUUAAAUAAGAAUAUGAUCGUGUAUAAAGAGAGAGAGAUAGAUAGAUAAAAUAAUAACGGGAAGAAUAAAAAUUAAAAAAAUUAGCAAAAUAAUAAUAUAAAAAAGAAUUAUAUAGAGUAUAAUUAGAAUAAUAAAGAUAAAAAGAAUUAUAAUAAGAGUAUAGAAGAAGAGAGGAGGAAAGAAAAUAGAGAUAAUAAUUAUUUAAAGAAUAAAUGUAAGAAAUACAAUUAAGACAUGAAAUGGAAUUAUAAGUUAAGAGAUAAAUAAUGGAAAUGAAAGAUAGAGAGAGAUUGGAGAAGUAGGAAUAAUCUAGAUAAGAGAAGAUUAAGAUUUCUUAAUAAGCUUAACUUGAAUUGAAAUAUAAAUUGUAGACUGCUAAAUAGCUAUAAAUGGAGAAAUUAGAAAGAAUGAGAGAAUAAUUUGAAGAAAAAUAAAGAAAAAUUGAGGAAAGAAGAUAAGAAUUUGAGAGAUAAAAAGAAUAGAAAAUAAUUGAAAAUUAUAUUAAUGCAUAAUAACAUUAAGAGAAAAUGAAAUAAGUUAUUGAGAAAGUUUCAAAUUAAGAAGAAUAAAAAUAUUAUGAUUAUUAAUAAAGAUAAGAAUUUGUUAAUUAAAGAAAAAGGUAAUUAGAAUUAGAAAAAUUAUAAGAAUUAUUGAUAAAAAAAUAAUAAUAAGAAGAGAAAGAAUAGUAAAGAAUUGAUGCUAUAUAGAAUGCUGAAAAAAAUUAAUAAAUUAAAGCUAUGGAAUUAAAUAAUAAAUUAAUACAAAAAGAAUAAAUGAUUUUAGAAAAGUAAAUGGAAAAAUAAUAAAUUUAAGAAUAAAUUAAAUUAUAAGAAAUUCUAAAAAUGAAAGAUAAAAAAGAAGCUUUAGAUAGAUUAUAGAGAAAAUAAGAAUAUGAAAAAGAAAUUUUAAGAUAAAAAAUAGAGGAAAAGAUGAGAAGAACUGAAAAUUUACAAUUAUAAAAAAGUAGAAUUUUAGAUUAAAGAUUGUAGAUGAAAUAAAUAGCUAAUUUGUAAAAGGAAGAAUUAAAACAUUAAUUUGAAUUAAUAAAAUAAGGAAAAAUUGAUAUACUUUAAUAAUCAAUACAAAAUGAAUCCCAAUAAUAAGGAUAAAAUUAAAUUGAAGAUCAUCCAAUAUCAACAUAAAAAAAAGGAAGACGUAUUAUCUAUCAAGAUUAAUUUAGCUUAAACUGCACUUCCAAAAUAGAAAGCAGAAGUUUAGAGACCAAAAUCUGCACUUACAAAGAAAGUUCAAAAUGAAGAGAAAAAGUAGUUGAAAAUUAAUUAUGAUCCUUAAAAAUAAUAUGAAUUAGAAUUUUUGGAAUAAUAAUAAUAAGAAGAGAUGAUUAAUGUAUAAAAACAUAAAAUAUGUUUAGCUUUUGGAGAAUGAAUAAAGAUUAGAAUAAGAAAGAGAAAAACAAUUAUAUUAAAUUGAAAAUAAACAAGAAUAACUUAGAUUAGAGAAAAUAUUUUAGAUUGAAAGAAAAUAAGCAAAAUAAUAAAUACUUGAUUUGUAAGAAGAACAUAAAAAAUAGAUUGAAGAAUUUAUGUUUAAUUGA